AUGGAAAACUAUUUACAAGCACUCUUAUUUUAUGAAAAGGCACUCGAAAUACAACAAACAAUUCUUCCACCUAAUUAUUCAGACUUGAUUAUUACAUACAACAACAUUGCCUUGAUAUGUAAUAGUAUGGGAGAUUAUUCAAAAGAGCUUUCUUGUUACGAAAACAUACUUCAAAUUCAGCUAAAAUCUCUAUCAACAAGCGAUCCAACAUUGAUUAAUACGUAUAAUAAUUUAGCUCGAGUGUAUAGUUCAACGAAAGAUUAUUUACAUGCUAUUGCAUUUUAUAAAAAAACUCUUAAAAUUCAGCAAGCAAUUCUUCCAGUCAAUGAUCCAUUAAUAGCGAUCACAUACAAUAAUAUCGGACGAGCACAUGCUGAUAGAGAAUACUACUCAUAUGCACGUGAUAGUUACCAAGAAGCACUUAAAAUUCAAGAAAAUAUUCUAGAUCCAAAUGAUCCUUUAUUGGCUGAGACAUAUAAUAAUGUCGGAGAAAUGUAUCGAUUAACAGGAAAUUGCUUAGAUGCAUUGCAAUACUUUGAAAAAGCGCUACAAAUUCAGGAAAAAAUACUUGACUCAAAUCAUCCAUCAUUAGUUACGACGAAAAAUAAUAUAGAUCAAUCAUUUCUGUCAAAUGAUACAUCUUUCCAUAUGAGAGAUGACAAUAUGCCAACAACAUCGGAAGGAUUUCAUCAAUACGAAGAGACUACUCUAGAAUCAUCACAAACCCUUAAUACUAUUACUCAUAAUAUUGAAUCUAAUCAUUCGCAAGCAGGCGAAUAUCAAGAAUAUGCCAAUCAACGCACGACGAUAGUCAGUAGUGGAAACUUACAUGAGAAAAAAGUCGACAAGCAAUGGAUCUACCCUGUUCUUCUUGUUCUUUCCUCGCCAGAAACAGCUCGAUUAUAUUCCAUUUUGAAGAACAUAACCGAUAGUUGUCUCAUACCUCCAAUUCAGACCGAUGAAUGUAAUGAUAAAUUAAAGUCAUAUCAACAGAUAAAGGAACUUGUACUCGAAUUUCCAUCUAAUAUUUCUGUCACUGAUCGAGAUCGAAUACUCAGCGAAAUCUCAUCUUUUGAUAAUAUUCAAUCAAUCUACUUAUUAGGAAAACCACCUGAAACAAAGAAGCAACGAAAUGAAUUUUUUAAUCAAUUUGACAAAGUUUGCAUAUUCUGUGAGGAUGAAGAGCAAAUUGCUGUUCAAUGGAUAUUGGAUACUGCCAGUCGUUGUCGCAUGUUUGGCAAUCAAUGCAUUAAGACAGGCGACAAAGCUGUUGCUAGUGAACAUUUUCAACGAGGUAUAGAACUCUACGAACGUCUUAAAGAGUUCAUGAAACCAAAAUAA